AUGAUGGGUGUUGACUCCAUUGGAGUCCUGGCGAGGUCAGGACAGAGCGGAAAAGGCCUCGGAAAAAAAGUUGUGAGGCGUCAUUGCAAGGUCCCUCCGCGGCAACAUCCAGGGCCAGCAAUCCGUCGUUUGGCUCGUUGCGGUGGCUUGAAGCGUAUUUCUGGCCUCGUCUAUGAGGAAAUUUGCUAUGUGCUGAAGGCAUUCCUGGAGGGCGCCAUUGGUGUGAUGCGGUCACUUAAUGCGAGCACUCGAAGCGCAAGACUGUCAUUGCAAUGGACGUAG